AGCAGAGAGAGCUGCCUCCAGCCAGCCCAGUGAGGGCUCGACCAAGCACACGCAGAUACAGCCAUCCGUUGUCUUGUCUCCUACCUCCAGUCCUCCUCCUGCUCACUCCCCCCACUGUUCUUCUUCGGAGAGGGAGGAGGAGGGAGGAGCUGAGGGGCUCGAGGAGGCUAGGAGGAGAUGGAGAGAGGUUCAGCGAGGAGGCACGCAUUGCUGGGGCUGUGCCUGGGCCUGCUUCUGCUGGCGGCGCCCUCCCAUCAGGUCUCAGCCGCCGCGGUGGAGGAUGGCUUGCUCAGCAAUGGUGACUUUGAGACAGCACCAGCUGGCGGUUUUGUCAAAUCCGCUUCAGUUGCUGAGGGUGCGUCUUCGAUUCCUGGCUGGACAAUCAAUGGGACAGUUGAGCUCAUCUCAGCAGGCCAGCACCAAGGUGGCAUGAUUCUUAUUGUUCCACAGGGGGAUCAUGCUGUACGUCUUGGGAACGAUGCAAGUAUAGGGCAGGUGGUGCAGGUUGAGAAGGGCUCGGAGUAUGCUAUAACGUUCAGUGCUGCCCGGACAUGUGCACAACUAGAGUCAUUGAAUGUGUCGGUGCUCGGUGGUGUUUCACAGAUGGUGGAUUUACAGACACUGUACAACAUAGAAGGCUGGGAUGCAUAUGCAUUGGCUUUUCAGGCAACAGAUGAGCAGGCAAGUCUUGAGUUCAGGAACCCUGGUAUGGAAGAUGAUCCGACUUGUGGGCCUAUCCUUGAUAAUGUUGCCGUAAAGAAGCUCUUCACUCCAGACAAACCAAAGGAUAACGUGGUGACCAAUGGAGACUUUGAGGAGGGUCCGUGGAUGUUUCCAAACACGAGCUUUGGGGUGCUUCUUCCAACCAACCUUGAUGAGCAGACAUCUGCCUUGCCUGGCUGGAUGAUCGAGUCAAACCGUGCUGUCCGCUUUGUCGACUCUGACCAAUACACCGUUCCCCAAGGGAAGCGUGCCAUUGAGCUUCUGUCGGGGAAGGAAGGCAUCAUCUCACAGAUGGUCGAGACAACUCCUCAGAAAGAGUACAGCCUGACAUUCACACUGGGCUCGGCAGGGGAUUCAUGCCAGCCACCGUUGGCUGUCAUGGCAUUCGCAGGCGACCAGGCCCAGAACUUCCACUACUCGCCCAUGGGCAACGCCACAAGCCAGGCUGCAAACGUGACAUUCACAGCACGAGCUGAGAGGACGCGGGUAGCGUUCUACAGCGUGUAUUACAACACGAGAAGCGAUGACCACAGUUCGCUCUGUGGGCCAGUGAUCGAUGAGGUGCGUGUCUGGGGCUUGAAUGGUGCUGCUGGGUUGAAGGCUAGUCUUGGGCUGCUGCUUGGCAUUGUUAGCAUCGUUGGUCUGAUGUUGUUCUAAGUGUCGGUAGUGGUUAUGGUCUAAGGAUAUAUAUAAACCUCUUCUGUAAGUAUGAGGAGGCCAUUAGUUUUGGCAGUAAGCUUGAAGUUUCUAUGAGGGUUGAGUAGUGUGAGAUUGUGAGCUUUAGGCUAAUGUUAUCUGAAGCUAUGUAUGGCUGUUUCUGUUGCUUUCUUUUGGGAUUCAGAAAGUAGCAUGCUAAUGUGGAAGUGUGCGGUUGAGUGCGCCAAGAGCUUGUAAUGUUCAAAGAUCAUCUCUUCAAUAUAUUAGAAAUUCAAGGAGUUGAUCCACUCCCC